UGGUGGAAUGCAUUGUUAGUAUUUAGUCAUUCACUGGAAACUAAACCACCCAUUGAGGAUCCAUGUAUAUCUGGGCAACCAGUUAUUUUUCUGGGCAAAAAGUUGUUUGUUUGUAUCCUCAGGUCCUUUAGGCUGAAAGCCUUUUUGCCUAAAUCACCACAACCACCACUAGCACCAGCAGCAGCACCAGCAGCACCAGCAGCAGUAAUGUCCAGCAGAAGAAAGUCCUCCAACCCCUGCAUGAUCCGAGUCAGUCCCUCCUUGGGCCAGGAUGACCCAGGGGACAUGGAUCUGACCAAUCAGGAAAUCCCAGAAGAACAGUCAGACGAGUCUUCAGCCAAUCAUACCCAGUCCUCAGAGCCAAUUGAGGCCAAUCACAAGGAGAUCUUGGAACCGGAGCCUAUUGAAGACCUGGGAAGUGAGGUCAGGGAAAAGGAAGUUGAGGAUGUGGAUGGAGUUAAGGCUGCGCCUCUGAGGAAACAGCCAGGAGGCUACGAAUGCAAAUACUGUUCUUUCUUCACCCAGAACCUGGGAGACUUCAAAGAGCACGUGGAUGCAAGUCACCCCAACGUCAUCCUCAACCCUCUGUACCUGUGUGCCGUUUGCAACUUCAGCACCAAGAAGUUUGACUCGCUGACCGAGCACAACGAGAGCCGGCACCCGGGAGAGACAAACUUCAAGUUCAAGCGGGUCAAAGCCAAAAGCCAGACCAUCCUUGAGCAGACAAUCGAAGGCGUGGACAAUUACGUAGAGGGGGAUGCCACAAACAUGCCGGGCACAAACAAAAAAGACGGACAUUCCGGCAGUUUCCACACCAGCCAACCGCCGCCUGCGAAAAUCAAGUAUCCCGUCAUCGACAAUCUUCAGCCGCUGAAUCAACAUAGCAACAAGAUGCUGGAGAACCUCAUCCCAAAAGACCAGAUCAGGGCGGUGAACAUCAACGGCACGGUCAUCAUCCCAGAACCGACUGUCAUACAUGGCCUGUCCCACGUCAUGCCGCUGCUGCAGCGGCCACCCAACUUCAGCUCUGUACCAAAAAUUGCGGUUCCUCUGAACACCACCAAAUACAACCCUUCCCUGGACAACAACCCCACCCUGAUGACCUCCUUCAACAAGUUCCCCUACCCAACACACGCAGAGCUUUCCUGGCUGACUGCGGCGUCCAAGCACCCUGAGGACCAGAUCAAGGUGUGGUUCACCACCCAGAGGCUGAAGCAGGGCAUCACUUGGUCUCCCGAGGAAGUAGAGGAAGCCAGGAAGAAGAUGUUCAACGGCUCGAUCCCUCCGCUCCAUCAGACCUUCACCGUCCUGCCGAACAGCACAGUCUCCCAGCCUGCCAAAGUCACACAGCCCAUUAUUAAGACUACCACCUUUGAACAGUGCAGUCUGGCCUUUACAAAGCUGGUAAAUGGAUUAACUGUCCCUCGUCCCAUCGUCACUAUGUCAUCAGUCACAAAUCACGUACAAUCCCUUAAACGUCCGUUGACCUGCCCAGCGUUUGUCUCAGAGGCAAAACGCCUCGCAGAGGACCCAAGAGAGAAGCUUCUCAUGGCCCCGCCUCCGGCCCCGCCCUCCAAAGACAGGCUGCCAAUGGCUCCGCCUCCCGUGCCCCCCGAAAUCAAGAGAUCCGUUGCACUUCCUCACCUCGCCGCAGAGAUGAAAUGGUCCUCGUCGUUGACGUCGUCAUCUCUGGUGCACUCAAAAAGCCGACAUCCCAUCACAUCUCCCUUCGUCAGUCCCAAGAACAAGCUGCAGCCGGCACCCUCCCCAAUCUUCCCAGACAUGAAGAGGCCUUUUCCUGCUCCAAUCAUUGCCCCUCCGUUCAAGAACUACGCCAUGUCCCCGGCCUCCAUAGCUUCCAAAGAAAAACAUCCCAUCACACACUCUCUCCUAGCCCCCGAUCUGAAGUUACCAAACUCACCGCCUGUACUGACUCCCCAGCUGAGAAGGCCUAGUAUCAUCCAGUCGGUAAGGACUCCGCUCAAACUCCCGUCUCAGUUACCCAGCGUUUCUCCCGAUGUUAGGAAGAUAAAGAAGCCCGAAUCAGCCAACCUGAAGGCUGUCAAAGUCCUCACCCCUCUGGGUGAGGCUAAUGGCGUGACCCGGGGUGAGGGGAGGUGGUCCCGCGACCAGUCCCACAAUGGGAUCAUCCAUUUGGACUCCGAGGUCGGUCCCAAACAACCCGGGCCUCAGAAAGCGAUUCCAACCCAGUUCCCGCUGCUGGAGAGGAUGAAGGGGAAGACUUCGGAGCAGCUCAAGAUACUGGAGGAGAACUUCCAGAGGAACAGCUUCCCGACGCAUGCUGAGGUGGAUGACCUGGCCUCGCAGACUCGACUCUCCAGGGAAGAGAUUGACAGCUGGUUUAUGGAGCGCAGGGCACUCAGAGACAAUCUGGAGCAAGCCUUGCUCAACUCCAUGGGCUGCAAGAGGAUGGUCAGCAUGGAGAAGCAGCAUCACCACCAUCACCAACAGCAGAAUCAGCAGCAGCAUGGGCACCUGAAUGGCGUGCACAAACACGGCAGCCAUCUUAAGGAUUACCCAGUCCCCAUCUUCGCCCCAACAACUACCAGCCCAAUUUCCUUCUCAGUGCCUCUAGACAGCAAGUCUCUGGGGCUCCUCAAGGAUGUGUUCGCCCAGACGCGGUGGCCUUCCCCGGAGCAGUACACCCAGCUGGAGACCCAGACGGGCUUAGGCCGCACGGAGAUCGUCCGCUGGUUCAAGGACAGCCGCUCCGCGCUGAAGACUGGAGCCCUUGAGUGGAUAGACCUCUUCCACAAGAUGAACGGCAGCGACGUCCAGGGACUACCGAGGCCAGCCACGCCAGCGAGCGCCGAGAACGCCUUCAGUAUCACCCGGGAAGGCAAGACCCUGCCGACGGUGGAGGACAUCGGGAGGCUUCCGGAGCACAUGGGUGUGGGGAUCCCAACCCAGGACAUCAAGGAGUGGCUGAGCAGCAAACUGAGGCAGGGCUCGUCCGAGCUGAGGAAUGGAGGUCUGGAGGGGCGGACCGCCGGAGGCUGGGUCAGGGAGAGCUUCGGGGGCUGGCUGGACGUGGAGGGGAGCCAGGGGAAGGAGACACGCGGGAGGAGGCCUCCGGAGCUGGGCUCGGACAAGGAGAAGAUGACAGAGGAGGUCUCUGGGAGGGUGACUGGAUAAAGGUGAGAUCAGGAGCUGCUGUCAGUUGCACAGAGGAACCGUGAGAUAAAGAAGCAAGGACAGACAGAGAUGAACACAUAGAAAGAGUUUUAAUUAUCAAAAUAAUUGUAUUUUCCGAACUAUUUUAUCUCGUCGCUUCGUUUGUGUCCAUCCCAGUUUGUGCGUUCUUAGUAUGGAGGCGAGUCUUUGGUCCGUGAGACAGUUUCAUAACACCAGCGAUGAUGGGUUGCGCGGCAUAGGACAAUGUUCAGAAGGAUGCAGCACUGGACGUGUGCCCAAAGCACUGACCAGGUGGAGAAACUGCUGUGGAGUGCCAAAGCUGGGUUUCUGCUGCAUCAUAGUACACUUUUGAAGAAAAAAAAAGGGUUUCUUGUAAAUAUUUUUUUUCCCUGUAUUGCUACAGAUUUGUACAAUUUGGGGGGAAUUUUGUUACAUUUUAUAACAGGGGUCCCAGCGACUUUGACCCCUUUGUCUUUUGCCUCCAACUGGUCUUACAGUUAUCUGUCCUGCAUUUUUGUAAUAAUUCGUUGUUGAACCACUUCAGCAGUUGGCAAUACUUCAGUCAGUCUCUCAAUGCUGGACUUCCAUUGUGGGUCCUGUCCUGUCAGGUGGCUCCAGUUCUAUCAACCUGGACUGGCCUGAAGUGCUGUAUUGUACUCGUACUCAGUGGACUGGGGUCUAUAAGGCCCAGCUAACAACAACCUGCUCUUUUUUCUCUCACUUUCUCUUACUCUCUUUCUAUGUUUCUCUCGCUCGCUCACUUUCUCUGUCCCUAUCUCUUCUAUCUACUUCGCUUAUCUCGAGCUCUCUCUCGCUAUACUGAACAUACUUGUAUGAGACCAAGUGAUGUUGUUGAUCUGUCUGUUGUUAGAGAAAAGAAUAGAGAAAAAAGGCAAGAACAGAAAUGGUUAAUGUCAUAAAUGCAGAAAGAAAAACGAUCACCCAAAUCCUGAUCAAAAUCAUGCCGUCUACGCCACAUUCUAAUGUCUCUUUCUUUCUCUCUCACACACACUCACUCCACCUCACCCUUUCUGCCUCAACCACUUCCUCCCCCUUUUUCCCCACUCUCUCUCAGUCCCGUAAAAUGAUUUAUUUGUUCUGCCUAAAAUGAACAUGCACAUCUGUAAUAGCCUUUAUACUUGUCCGCUUGAUAGAGGUAAUGUUAUAUUUUCAUUAUCCAUUUUGACAUCAGUAGAAGGAAAUAAAGAACACAAACAAUAACAACACAAACAACAACAUGCUCUUUGUGUACUGCUUUCGCUGUAUUGUCCUGGUCAACCAGAACACAAACUUAUAUCCAGAAUACAAAGGUCCGGCUUACUGCUCUCAGAAACCAGUUGAUGUCUGCUGUAAUCAAAUAAAAACUGUCAUUUAAGAAGAA